UUCACAGUCGUCCCCAGAACAAAACCAGCCUUCUUUAUCAAGAAGGUUGAACCUUUUUCCCAAGGACACAGUGACCUCUUUACCACAAUUGAAGAAACAGCCAUUAAAAUACAAGGAGAAAAUAAAACAAUGUCUCACUUUUCCUGAACCAGAAAAAAUCCAGGUGGAGAAUUUAGCUGAGGUCUCCAACAAGCAAACCAAAGGUAAUGUUAUCGACCUCCAACAGCAUGUCCACGUCCUGCUUUAACAACUGCAGAGAACAAAGGCAUCCCUACCUGAGGAAAUCGAAAAGAGAAAUUUGAAAAGGUAAAUACUAAAUUGAAGGUGACCUCAGCAGGUACGCUUCUAUAUUAGGUUGGCAAUUCUUCACAUAUAGAAAUACUCGAAAGAAAUAAGAACAGAUACCAAGACUUUAUUUUAACUUAAGGAUGUGCUUAGAACAAAUCCAUCUAACAAAGCAUCUGUCUCUGUUGGCACAGAAUAAACUGUUAUUUUAACACAACAUCAGCUUUAGCAUCCCAAAAGCCACAAAGGUUUCACUUUGGUUUAGCUCUAUGAGAAAGAGGAAGGCGUUUUUGAACAGGACCAGAAAAGCACCUGACUCAAGGAGAAGAUUUUGCCUCCUGGUUGUCGUUGUUGUGGACGUGUGACAGUGAGUGUGGGAACUGAUGCCAAACUGGAAAUGCUGGGAGAAAUGGGAAUCUCAUCUCUAGUUCUAGUCAUCUUCAUUACUUUUCUACAAAUCCGAGGUAAGCAUCGCCCUCUCUACUAAGGCUUUUUUCGGUCAGAAUUUCCAACACUGAUUAACAUCUUGCUGAAAGCUCUGCUCAUUUGACUGCUCUGAUUAAUUUAUAUCAGAUACGCAUUAAAACAAUAUAUCUUUUUCCAGCUCUGAUUUGUGACAAACCCACAGUUGUUUCUGGCACAGAGGGUCAAAUGUUUGACUUCAUAUGCGAGUAUCCAAGCGACAGGAAAAACAACACGAAACACUUCUGCUGUUUAGACACCGAAGAGUCCUUCGUUCAGGUCGUACGAACUUCCAAACACAACGAGUGGACAAGAGACGGACGUGUCUCCCUUUACGACAACACUACAGCGGGCUACUUUAUCGUUAGGUUGGAUGAACUGUAUUUAAACGACAGCGGACAGUACUACUGUGGUGAUUUUGGGAGCAGUGAUCGCAUCAUGAAGAUACAUCUGAAUGUCUCCCAAGCGUAUAAAAUCCCUGCCUCCACCAUGGCUGCACCAGUUCACAAGCUCACCAUGCAGCUGUCCCUGACCAUUAUAUUGUGUGUUGGAGCGAUGAUCUUUGUGUGUCUGUUCACAAUAUGUCUUCUUCUGGCUGCGAAGCACAAGAAAUCCACCCCUCGCCAGAAAAGAGAGACGUCGUCUGACUAUGAGACGAUGAUGCCCUCGGUGGCAGCGGCACCAGAGCCCUGCGGUUGUUCGCAUCCGGACUGCAUUGACCUCUCUGCUUUACCUCGGCAACCUUCUGACCUCUACUCCUGCUUCACAGAGGAGCAUAGGGAGUCCAUCAUCUCUUGCAGCCUCGGUGAAUACGUCGAUGUAGACGUAUUGGGACAUAUCUGCCCGUACCAGCUUCUGGACCGGAGCCAACUGGAAAACCAUGUUUACCACAGUCUUCACGGGAGCUGCAGCCCCAAACAACGAGCUCCGAAAGAGCAGAUUGUCCACUGAUAUAACUUAUUCCAGGAACAGUGUGUGGGUUGGUUAGUGGUAUUAAGUUAUACCGAUCUGUAAAAAGUGGCAGACUUUUCUCUCAGUCUUAUAGUUUGAAGUUCCUUCAAUGACAUGAUGGAGGAAGUGCCAGAUUUUUCUCUGCUCCUUCUACCUGCACACUGCUGUCCUGCUUGCUAAAAGAAGGUCAUCCCUUUAUUGUGAAAAUGUACAAAAUUACAGUCGUAUUAAGAUAUAUUCACCUACUUGGAUGCAAAAUCAACUUACAGGGAUGUUAAAGUCACUAUUAGGAUCACAUUGGUAUCUGCGUUUUCUCUGUAUUUGGUUCAGUGUUUGCUUUGUUGUCAUUUGUGCGUGCACAGGGAUGAUCAGUUCCUCCAAGCUCUGAUUGGUUAUCUCUCUCUUAUCUCUCUGUACCAGCAAUAUAUCGUGACAGUUUCAACAAAUGUGUAAAAAAAACAAAAAAAAAAAAACAUUUUAAGCUCUUAAAGUUGACUCUAAA